AUGUGUGAUCAGAGAGGGAGCUCUUAUGGAGGAGAAGGUGUGGAUCGAAGGAAUGGUGAGGUCAGCAAGAAGGAGGUAGCCCCUGAAGAAAAUGAAAGGAAAAAGAGGCGAUGGGAAAGGAAUAAGAUUGCAGCCGCCAAGUGCCGGAAUAAGAAGAAGGAGAAGACGAAUGCCUGCAGAAAGCAGCGCCCCCAGACCACCCCCUCCCCACUGGCCCUUGGCUCCAUUGCGAUGGCCUCUGUUGCUUGUCCCCAGGAGUCGGAGAAGCUGGAGAGUGUGAACGCCGAACUGAAGGCCCAAAUCGAGGAGCUCAAGAAUGAGAAGCAGCAUUUGAUACACAUGCUCAACCUUCACCGGCCCACGUGCAUCGUCCGGGCUCAGAACAGGCGGACUCCAGAAGAUGAGAGAAACCUCUUUAUCCAACAGAUAAAAGAAGGGACAUUGUAG